AUGGAGGCUUGGUGGCCGCAGUGCGGGGUUCAUCUCGCGCUGCUUCUAACAGGGCUGAUCCUCUAUCGCGCUAUCUCAUCACGGCGUUAUGGUCUCCGACCCCUCCCGCUCCCGCCGGGGCCGCGGGUGCUGCCGUUCGUCGGCAACAUCUUCUACACGAGAGACAUGACCCACCAAGGCCUGGCACGGCUGUCCGCGCGCUACGGCGGCCUCCUUCACCUCCGCGUUGGGCGCCUGAGCACCGUGGUCGUGUCGACGCCGGAGAUGGCCCGUCUGGUGCUCCAGGUGAACGACCGCGCCUUCGCCAACCGCCCCGCCAGCGCGCCGAUAGCCUACCUCACCUACGGCCGCGCGGACAUGGUGUUCGCGCAGUACGGGCCGUUCUGGCGGGAGAUGCGGAAGCUGUGCGUCCACAAGCUCUUCAGCCACCGUCGGGCCGCGUCAUGGGCUGCCGUCCAUGACGAGGUCGACGACCUGAUCCGCGACGUUGCCAGGUACACUGGCUCGGUCGUCAAUCUCGGCGAGCUCGUGUUCAACAUGUCGAUGAACAUCACGCUCCGGGCAGCGCUGGGCAUGCGGAACGAGGGUGAGGACGCCGCCGAGUUCGUGGCCAUAGUGCAGGAAUUCGCCGAGCUGUUCGUGGUGUCCAACUCCACCCUUGCGGACUACGUGCCAUGGGUGGCGCGGCUGGAUUUGCAGGGGAUCAACAGGAGGAUGGUGGCGGCACGGGGUGCGCUGGACCGGUUCAUCGACCGUGCCAUCGACGAGCACCUCGCACACCCGAAGCCGGUCGAUGCCGCGGACGCCGACAUGGUGGACGGCAUGCUAGCUUUCCUCGUGGACAUGCCCGGGUCUGCCGACAGGGUGAGCACCGACUCCAGUGCUCAUGGGUCGACGCUUCGUCUCACCAGGGAUAACAUCAAGGCCACCAUUAUGGUAAAGUGAACGAUGGCCGAAAUUUAGCGUCCCCCACCACCACUCCGCAGAUUAAAUAUUUUGAUUACAAUACGCGCAGGAUGUGAUGAUCGGUGGGACAGGACCAGUAGCGAUGAUAAUUGAGUGGUUAAUGUCGGAGCUGCUGAGGGACCCGGAGGAAAUGAAGCGGGUGCAGAACGAGCUGGCCGUGGUGGUUGGGCUGCACCGCCAGGUCGCGGCGGGCGACCUGGACGAGCUCCCUUACCUGAGGUGCGCGGUGAAGGAGACCCUCCGCGUGCACCCGCCCGGCCCGCUCCUCCAGCACGAGGCCGCCGAGGACUGCGACGUCGCCGGCUGCCGCAUCCCCAAGAAUACCCGCGUCCUGAUCAACGUG